GCUUGUUGCUUUCUUUAGCCCCGGGGUUCAUCCCCGCCCGCGUCCUCUCGGCUGGUGACCCCCAGCCCGCCUGGGAGCGGCCGGGUCUUCGGGGCUCCGGCGGCGUCCAGGUUUCCCCCGCCGGCCCCGGACGGGAGACACUGGUCUCUGGAGUGGCCCGGGUGGCUGGAGGGAUCUUCGCGCGCUCUUCGCCGGCGGCUCAGAUCUUCUCAGCCGCGGGAAACUUGGCUGUAGGCGCGGGGCUCCUUCGUCCUCAGAUGGCCCCGGGGUUUUGGUGAAGAGCUUGUAGGGGUUGAGGUCUGGGGUGAAGUUGGGGUCAGGAAGUGGGCUUUUGUCACGUGCGUGCUGAUACUUCAAGGACAACAACUUAAGUCUGUCUAAAGGGUGCUUGCAAAUAUCAAAUUGGAUUUGUCGUUAAUCCCAGUUUCAUGAAAACCAAACUGUGUCAUCUAGAAAAAUUAAAUCGUGAUGUUUGAAGGGUUUUUUUGAUGGCAUUUCUUUUAGGGACGGAAAGCAGGACUCCAGGGUAGAGGAAGGAUUGUAGAAACAUUAGGACUUGAGAUAAUACUGUGAUAAUUCUUAGAAGAGCAACUAUUUGAUGUUUAAACCUGAAGACAGAAGUUAGACCUGAUGGCCAAAAGAAAGGAAGAAAAUUUCUUCUCUCCUGAAAAUGCCAAAAGACCAAGACAAGAAGAAUUGGAGGAUUUUGGUAAAGAUGGUGAUGACGAUGAAUGUGCAGUUGCUUUCACUAAUGGUACCUCUACUUUGACUGCAGCAGAAGUUGGAAUAAUAGAGAGUAUUCAGCUAAAAAACUUCAUGUGUCAUUCGAUGCUUGGACCCUUUAAAUUUGGUUCUAAUGUCAACUUUGUUGUUGGCAACAAUGGAAGUGGGAAGAGUGCAGUACUGACAGCUCUCAUAGUUGGUCUUGGUGGCAAAGCAAUCACUACUAAUAGAGGAUCUUCUUUAAAAGGUUUUGUGAAAGAUGGACAGAACUCAGCAGAUAUCUUGAUAACAUUGAGGAACAGAGGAGACGAUGCUUAUAAAGCAAAUGUAUAUGGUGACUCUAUAAUUGUGCAGCAACACAUCAGCAUGGAUGGAAGUCGAUCUUACAAACUAAAAAGUUCAACAGGAAGCGUGAUUUCUACUAGGAAAGAAGAACUAAUUGCAAUUCUUGAUCAUUUUAAUAUCCAGGUGGAUAAUCCAGUUUCUGUUUUAACACAAGAGAUGAGCAAACAAUUCCUACAGUCUAAAAAUGAGGGAGACAAAUACAAAUUCUUCAUGAAAGCAACCCAACUUGAACAAAUGAAGGAAGAUUAUUCAUACAUUAUGGAAACAAAAGAAAGAACAAAGGAGCAGAUAAAUCAAGGAGAAGAGCGACUUACUGAACUGAAGCGCCAGUGUUUGGAGAAAGAAGAACGUUUUCAAAGUAUUGCUGGUUUAAGUACUAUGAAGACUAAUUUAGAGUACCUGAAACAUGAAAUGGCUUGGGCAGUGGUCAAUGAAAUUGAAAAACAAUUGAAUGCAAUCAGAGAUAAUAUCAAAAUUGGAGAAGACCGUGCUGCUAGGCUUGACAGGAAAAUGGAUGAACAGCAGGUCAGACUUAAUGAAGCAGAAAAAAGGUACAAGGAUAUUCAAGAUAAACUAGAAAAGAUUAGUGAAGAGACAAACGCACGCGCUCCAGAAUGUAUGGCCUUGAAAGCAGAAGUCACUGCUAAGAAAAGGGCCUAUAAUGAAGCUGAGGUUUUAUAUAAUCGUUCUCUAAAUGAAUAUAAAGCAUUAAAAAAAGAUGAUGAGCAGCUUUGUAAAAGAAUUGAAGAGCUUAAAAAAAGUACUGAUCAAUCUUUGGAACCUGAGCGGUUGGAAAGGCAAAAAAAAAUAUCUUGGUUGAAAGAGAGAGUAAAGGCCUUACAGGAUCAAGAAACUUCAGUCAAUCAAGACAUUGAACAGUUUCAACAAGCCAUGGAAAAGGACAAAGAAGAAUAUACCAGAAUUAAGAGGGAAGAAUUAGAUGUGAAGCAUAUACUGAGCUAUAAUCAGAGGCAACUGAAAGAAUUGAAAGACAGUAAAACUGAUCAACUAAAGAGAUUUGGUCCCCAGGUUCCAGCUCUUCUUGAAGCAAUAGAUGAUGCUUACAGACAAGGACAUUUUACCUACAAACCUAUAGGCCCUUUAGGAGCUUGCAUUCAUCUUCGGGACCCUGAGCUUGCUUUGGCUAUUGAAUCUUGCUUGAAAGGACUUCUACAAGCCUAUUGUUGCCAUAAUCAUGCUGAUGAAAGAGUCCUUCAGGCACUGAUGAAAAGAUUUUAUUUACCGGGGACUUCACGGCCACAGAUAAUAGUUUCUGAAUUUCGGAAUGAGAUGUAUGAUGUAAGACACAGAGCUGCUUAUCAUCCAGAAUUUCCAACAGUUCUGACAGCUUUGGAAAUAGAUAAUGCAGUUGUUGCAAAUAGCCUAAUUGACAUGAGGGGCAUAGAGACAGUGCUACUAAUCAAAAAUAAUUCUGUAGCUCGUGCAGUAAUGCAGGCCCAAAAGCCACCCAAAAAUUGUAGAGAAGCUUUCACUGCUGAUGGUGAUCAAGUUUUUGCAGGACGUUAUUAUUCAUCUGAAAAUACAAGACCUAAGUUCUUAAGUAAAGAUGUGGAUUCUGAAAUAAGUGACUUGGAGAAUGAAAUUGAAAAUAAAAAAGCCCAGAUACUAAAUCUCCAUCAGCAUUUGUCUGCUCUUGAAAAGGAUAUUAAACGCAGUGAAGAACUUCUUACAAGGUGCCAACUACAUUAUAAAGAAUUAAAGAUGAAAAUAAGAAAAAGUAUUUCUGAAAUUCGGGAACUUGAGAACAUAGAAGAACACCAGUCUGUAGAUAUUGCAACCUUGGAAGAUGAGGCUCAAGAAAAUAAAAGCAAAAUGAAAAUGGUGGAAAAAAGUAUGGAGCAACAAAAGGAAAAAAUGGAAUACCUUAGAAGUCUGAAAAUAGAAGCAGAAAACAAGUAUGAUGAAAUUAAAUUGAAAAUUAAUCAACUAUCAGAGCAAGCAGAUCCACUUAAGGAUGAAUUAAACCUUGCUGAUUCUGAAGUGGAUAAUCAAAAACGAGGCAAACGGCAUUAUGAAGACAAACAAAAAGAACACUUGGACACCUUAAAUAAAAAGAAACGAGAACUGGAUAUGAAAGAGAAGGAACUGGAGGAGAAAAUGUCACAAGCAAGACAAAUCUGCCCAGAGCGAAUAGAAGUAAAAAAAUCGGCAUCAAUGCUAGACAAGGAAAUUAAUAGAUUAAGACAAAAGAUACAGGCAGAACACGCUAGCCAUGGAGAUCGAGAGGAAAUAAUGAGGCAGUAUCAAGAAGCAAGAGAAACCUAUCUUGAUCUGGAUAAUAAAGUAAGGACUUUAAAAAGGUUUAUUAAAUUACUGGAAGAAAUAAUGCACCAUAGAUACAAAACAUAUCAACAAUUUAGAAGGUGUUUGACUUUACGAUGCAAAUUAUACUUCGACAACUUACUAUCUCAGCGGGCCUAUUGUGGAAAAAUGAAUUUUGACCACAAGAACGAAACUCUUACCAUAUCAGUUCAACCUGGAGAAGGAAAUAAAGCCGCCUUCAAUGACAUGAGAGCCUUGUCUGGAGGCGAACGUUCCUUUUCCACGGUUUGCUUUAUUCUUUCCCUGUGGUCCAUUGCCGAAUCUCCUUUCAGAUGCCUGGAUGAGUUUGAUGUCUACAUGGAUAUGGUUAAUAGAAGAAUUGCCAUGGACAUGAUAUUGAAAAUGGCAGAUUCCCAGCGUUUUAGACAGUUUAUCUUGCUUACCCCUCAAAGCAUGAGCUCACUUCCUUCAAGCAAAUUGAUAAGAAUACUUCGAAUGUCUGAUCCUGAGAGAGGACAAACUACAUUGCCUUUCAGACCUCUGACCCAAGGAGAAGAAGAUGACUAAAGUUCCUUUGUAAUUUAACAUGCUCUGUCCUCACAUUGAAAGAUUUGUGAAGGGAAAAAAAUUCUGGACUUUUUGACAUAAUAAAAUGAGACUGGAGAUAUUCUAAAAUUAAAGAAACUCCUUUAUAUAUCUAACCACAAUCAAAUGUAUAAAUAAGCCUAGAAAACUAACUACAACCAGCAAUUUAAAAAACUAUUACUUUCCUUUAAGAAAAUCGAUUUCAUAGUACUGGUUUUAAAUCUUCUUGAGGUUUUUUGUUUUAUUUUGUUUUGUUUUUUACCAUCCACUUUUACAGAUUCUUUUUCAGAACUAAAUUUUGUACAUAUGUACAUGUAUAUAUCUGUUUAGUUUGAGUUCAUUUCUAUAGUAUUUUGUAAGAAAAUAAAAGUUUGAGUACCUGAUUAUAUUUAGUUUUGCUUUUCCAGAAUAUUUCAUUCUGUAGUUAAAUUGUCAAUAAUAGAAGAAGGGAGGAAUUUCUCAUUGCAGAGGGUGGCGUGCAAGGGAGGUGUCUAUGGACAGGUUUACAGUGGAUUUUCUAUUUAUUAUUGAUGAGGGACCCACAGAAGACUAUGAAUACUUGAGGCAAAAUUCUUACCUGCAGGUAAUUUUUAAUACCAAAGUACAAAUAUAUAUUUGGGCUAUAACUUUUAACUGUUGGAUUUUAUCAAAUUUAAGAUGCUGUCUAUACGGAGAACUGCAACACUGGCAAGUCUGACACAUACUUCUUUCUCAGUCCUUGAACUGUCCCCCACCCAGCUCAGAGCCUGUAACCAGCAUUAGAAUUGGAUCAUGGUGCAGCUUUCACCCUGACCUGUGGGACACUCAACCUGGUUUAAAAGCCCUCAGUUUGCAGUCCAGGCAGUGCGGCUGAACUGAGAGGACACCGGCGAGAGGGACUGUUCAGACCAGGAUGGGAAAUUGGGGGUGGAUCAUGGCUCCUCAAAGAACAGGAAAGUAGCUAGUGGCUACAGGAGUCGAAGGCCAAACUGGUGGUGGUGAGCGGACAUCAAUUAUACACCUUGAUUUCAGAGAUGUUAAAAAGUGUGCCGCAGAAUAUUGUAAAAAAUGGCAUUUAUCAACCUUUUUUUAGGGUACAAGAAUAAGAUUAUUUCCUGUAUUCUCUAUGUUUGAUACAAGGAUUCGUGCUAAACUUUUUGAAAACUCUUUGGAUAUCAACAAGACGCAUUCCUUACAUUAGCAGUAAAUAUCAGAAUACAUAUUUAUGGAAUUGAAAAGGAAAUAUUUUAAGAAAAGUAGCAUUUUAAGAGCAGGAACUACUUCUAUAGUUAUUGUGAAAAACUGGGUUUUGUUUGUGGUGGUGGAAGGAAUCUAAUUUAGUCUUAAAUUGAGAUCAUUUGCCAAAUGAGAAGUCCAAAAAUUUGUGCUUUCUUAUCUAAGAAUUUACAGGAAGAGGAAAAGGUGGGCUGAAUGUUUUAAUAUAUCCUACUGACCAUACAAAGGCUAAUUUUUAAUUUACAUUUGUAACUUUUAACAUAGUGCUUUUUCAAAUUAAAAAGUAGAAUAUACUAAAUGCAUCAAUUUUUUUUUAGCUAAGGAACUUCAGUGUCUAAAUUCUUGUGGUAGUUUUGAAUGUUGUGCUUCUUCAUACAGAAUGGAAAGUACAAGCCUCAGGUAUCCGAGAAUCUCUUGUUGAAUUGAAGAUUACUCAUUGCUUUAGCCUCACAAAGUUUUGGUUUCAACUAUUAUAAGCGAAAAUAUUUUUAUUUAAUGUUCUAAGUAGCAGUAAUAUUAGAGUGACAAGAAUAAGAAGAAAUUGUUCUUCUCAAAAAUACAUGUAACUUCUAAAAAUAAAAGUUAAAAUUUCUAUGUA